GUAUUGUAUCAAGCUUUAUAUCGGUGGUUACAUUAGUGGCAAUUCUUGUGUGCUACUUGAGAAGGAAAUCAUCACCAAAUGGAUUGAUAUCAUUUUGGAAGAAAAGAACAAGAAACAUUCAAAAUCUUGAGGCGUUUCUAAAGAAUUAUGGAUCCUUGGCACCCAAAAGAUAUAGUUAUUCAGACAUCAAGAAAAUGACAAAUUCGUUUAAAGAAAAAUUAGGCCAAGGUGGUUUCGAUGGUGUAUUCAAAGGGAAGCUACCAGAUGGUCGUUUGGUUGCAGUGAAAGUCCUAAAUGAUUUUAAAGGUAAUAAUGGAGAAGACUUUAUUAAUGAAGUUGAAAGCAUUAGUAAGACUUCCCAUGUUCAUAUUGUCACUUUUCUGGGUUUUUGCUUUGAUGGAUCCAAAAGAGCACUAAUCUACAACAAGAAAUCAAUUGAAACAUGCCCUCACCUCGGUUGGGACAGACUACAUCAAAUUGCAGUUGGCAUCGCUCGGGGGUUAGAGUAUUUACAUUGUGGUUGUAACACUCGAAUUCUGCAUUUUGACAUAAAACCUCAUAAUAUUCUUUUGAAUGAAGACUUUUGUCCAAAGAUAUCUGACUUUGGUCUUGCUAAACUAUGUCCUAAAAACGAUAGUAUCAUAUCAAUGUCAAAUACUAGAGGGACCAUAGGAUAUAUUGCACCAGAAGUGUUCUCUCGAAACUUUGGAGGAGUUUUACACAAGUCAGAUGUUUAUAGUUAUGGAAUGAUGGUACUAGAAAUGGUUGGAGGACGAAAGAACUUUGAUAAAGGAGUUGAUCACACUAGUGAAAUUUAUUUUCAGGAUUGGAUCUAUGAGCAUAUUGGACAAAGUGAGCAUUUACAAUUAGACAUGGUUAUGACGAAAGAGGAAGAAGAAAUAGUCAGAAAGAUGGUUUUAGUGGGUUUAUGGUGCAUACAAAUGGAUCCAUUAAAUCGACCAUCAAUCAGCAAAGUAGUGGAAAUGUUAGAAGGAAACCUUGAAGCUUUGCCAAUUCCUCCCAAGCCUUUCUUAUCUUCUCCUUCAAGACAAUUAGAUGAUUCUUCUACCAGAUCAAUAUCUUAAUUGCUUUAAUAUAUAUUUAUAUAUAUAUAUAUUUC